AUGGAGCCAUCUCAACCUCCUCCCGGUUACGAUAGAUCGUGGCUCGCUGUCGUAGGUGCUUCGCUUUCGCUUUUUUGCACAGCUGGCUUCCUUAAUGCAUUCGGCAUUUUCCAAGAGUAUUACCAGACGUUUCUCGGAGAAUCUGAGUCCAAUAUUUCCUGGAUUGGAUCCAUAUCUAUUUCUAUCGUCUACCUAUGUGCACCAAUAUCAGGCGUUUUAACCGACAGAUUGGGACCUACGAUUCUCCUGUGUAUUGGCAGUAUCGGUCAACUGUUUGCUCUUUUCAUGACCUCUCUCUGUAAACAGUACUACCAAGUUUUCCUAGCCCAGGGGAUUUUGCUUGGGGUGAGUAUGUCGCUCAUUUUCUGCCCCCCUGUGGCUGUGGUGUCACGCCGCAUGCCUCAUCGCCGUGGCCUUGCUCUAGGUCUCACAAUUGGCGGGUCCUCCAUCGGUGGCAUCAUCUGGCCGAUCAUGCUAGAGCAACUUCUCAACAAACGCCAGCUUGGUUUCGGAUGGACUAUGCGAGUUGUUGCUUUCACUAUGGCUCCUCUUCUAGCAUUCGCCUGCAUCACUGUGGUUGAUGCCCCCGCACCCCAAGCAUCUUUGAGUCCAAUCCAUGCGGCAUCAGAUGAGGACGAGAAGGGAACGACCUCAUCGAAUGACGAGAUACAGUCCAAAUCGAAGGCCAACUACUCUAUCCUGAAGAACAAGACCUUUAUCCUUCUCUGUGGAGGGUUAGCACUCGGCUACUUUGGACUGUUUACUCCCGUCUUCUUUGUUACGGGCUUCGGCGUUCAACAUGGCUUGUCCACAUCGACGGCAUUUUACUUGUUAUCUGGGCUCAACGGUGCUUCAUUCCUGGGACGAGUUAUUCCUGGGUUUCUCGCAGACCGGUAUGGGCAUUUCAAUCUUUGCAUGCUGGCAACUCUUGCGGCUGGUAUCGUUGGCUUUUGCUGGACGGCGGCAACGUCUCUUCCUGGGUUGGCAGUAUGGAGUUUGGCGUACGGAUUCUCCUCUGGAGCCAUCAUGAGCUUGCAGGGUGCAUGCGUCGGAAAAAUUGCCCAUCAUCGUCAUCAGGGGUUGGCUGUCGGCUUCAUGAUGGGCUCCAUCGCUGUAACCGCUCUUGUCGGGCCUCCCAUCAGCGGCCAGAUUCUUGCGCAUGCCGGAUAUCUUGCGUUGUCGAUGUGGACCGGCGCAACUCUCGUGGUUGGAGCUGCCAUCCUUGCUGCAGCUAGAUGGCGGUUAAACAGCAGUGUGAUUGCAACCGUCUAG